AUGAAACUCCUCACAAGAGCUCUCGCGGUUUCUGCUGCACCACUCUUUGCCCAGGUCAGCGCUAAUCCCUACGACGCCCUGCCCAGUAGUGUCAGCCUAGUUCCCUAUGACAGCGUCCCUCACCCCGGGCUUGAUUCCCAAGCAGCUGUGGAUGCGUACCUCGAGGAAUGGACCGCUGCCAACGACCGGACUCCCGCCUCUGCAGAGAGAAAAUGUCCUCCGCCCUGCACGGAAUCUGGCUCGGAUCCCAAAAAGUGGUAUCUCUAUUCGGAGGUGGCUGAGCUGCAGCAGUGCAGUGAGACGUUGGUCUUUAGCUUUGCAGUAGACCAGCAGCUGGAUAGUAAACAUACAAAGGGAAUGUUUAGAGCGUGCGUGGCAGACUAUGGUUCUGCCCCAGCAACCAAGAGGGCAAGUCCAUCUACAGCAGGGUGUUCCGUCGUCUACCCGUCAAAAAUCAAUGCCACCGUCGAAUUGGGACGGGUAGGCCCGUCUAGUUCAUCGGAUGCUUCUCGAGAUGCCGCUAUUGCCGGUAGUCAAAUUUCACAACACAUCAGGUCCAAGAUGAGCACGUGUGCCAGCAACACAGUCAGCUUCGGGUCCUCCGGCAGAACCCUCGUCGGUCUAUAUGCCGGAUCGCAGGUCCUCUCGCAGGGCGUGGCGGAACACGUCCUAGACGAAUUCGUUUCCGUUGCUGAAAAGAAGGGCCUUUCGGACAAGACCGUCUUCCAGCUCUGUGGGAGCAAAGACCGCGGCGCUGAUUUUUCCAUCGGCAUCGCCGUCAGCCUUUCCUACGACGUCUCCUUCAUCCAGCGUACGGUCAAGGCGUGGAACAACGGUGCGUGUGCCCCUGACGUGGGCAGCACCGAGAAAUGGGCGGAUUUCACUCUGCAAGUUCCUACGGCCGUGACGAGCUCGAAUAGAACACGCGUCCGCGGUCUCCCUCGACGAAGUCCACCCCCGUCAAACAGCGACGGCGCCUGCACCACGAAACGCGUCGUUGCUGGCGACUCUUGCGCCGCGCUCGCAGCAAAAUGCGGUAUUUCCGCUGCAGACUUCACGACGAUCAACGCGGGCGAUAACUUCUGUGCCGCUCUCAUCCCGGGACAGCAUGUCUGCUGCAGCCGUGGCACCCUCCCCGACUUUACACCCAAGGCCGAGCCAGACGGCUCUUGCCAUGCACCGCCAAUGCCGGCGUCCGUGUCGAAUGCUGUUUGCGGACCGACGGUGCCUGGGACGAAGAAGCCUUCAGGCGGCAAGAAUCUUACGGAUCUGAAUCCCUGUCCCCUGAAGGUUUGCUGCAACAUCUGGGGCCAGUGUGGCAUUAGUUCUGACUUUUGUGUAGCAACAAACUCGGAAACUGGUGCUCCGGGGACUGCAAAGCCGGGAACAAACGGCUGUAUCCAAAACUGUGGUAGCGACAUUAUUCAAUCCGGCCCUCCCAAAGAGACCCUUCGCAUUGGCUACUUUGGCUCUUGGAAUGCCAACCGCCACUGUCUUCACCUGCGCGCCGAUAAGAUUGACACCAAGGCAUAUACGCAUAUUCACUUUGCCUUUGCUAACAUCACGUACGACUUCAAACCUGACAUUGGCGGCGUCCCUGAUGAAUUUGAGCGCUUCAAGAAACUCACUGGUGUGAAGAAAAUCAUAUCCUUUGGAGGCUGGGACUUUAGCACUAAUGCGGGCACAUUUCGCAUCAUUCGCGAGGCAGUAAAGCCGGCCAAUAGGAAUACGUUUCGGGACAAUGUGGUUAAGUUUGUAAACGGCCAUGGCCUGGAUGGUUUUGAUUUGGAUUGGGAAUAUCCUGGUGCCCCUGAUACUCCUGGAGUUCCUCCUUCCGGCGAUCCCCAGGAAGGCCUUAACUACUACGAGUUUCUCUCCAUGGCCAAGUCGGCGCUUGGCAGCGGCAAGUCCGUCUCGUUUGCUGCGCCUGCGUCCUACUGGUACCUCAAGGCCUUCCCCAUUGAGCUAAUGGCCAAGUCCUUGGACUAUAUCGUCUACAUGACGUACGACCUUCACGGCCAGUGGGAUUAUAACAACAAGUGGGCGAGCUCCGGCUGUCCCGAGGGCAACUGUCUUCGAUCUCAUGUGAAUCUCACGGAAACUCUCUUGUCCCUGUCCAUGAUUACCAAGGCCGGCGCUCCCUCCAACAAGGUAGCCGUAGGCAUCACUAGUUACGGGAGAUCAUUCCGCAUGGCUCAGGCUGGGUGUGAUGGGCCGGGCUGCAAAUUUACCGGAUCCUCCACGCACUCGGAUGCCAGGGCCGGAAUGUGCACAAACACCAGUGGUUACAUUGCAGACGCCGAAAUCAAGGACAUUAUCAAUCUAUCCACCGCCAACGUCAAACAGUGGGUAGACGCAUCCGACUCCAACAUUCUUGUCUACAACGACGUCGAAUGGGUAGCUUACAUGGACAAGGAUACCAAGUACCGCCGCAAAAAGGUUUACAACAGCUUCCACUUUGCCGGCACCUCGGACUGGGCCCUGGACCUCCAAGAGUUCCAGAAAAUAAAGGGGCCACUGCCUUUGGAAACCCCCUUCCCCGGGUUCAUCGACGCCAUAGAAGCCGACGUGGAUAAUAUCCCCUGGAACUGCAAGCAUCAAUACACCGUCUCUGCCCUCUAA